UGUUGCUGUCCCGUUGCAUCCUCUUGGCUAUUUUCACUUUUCACUCAACUAUCAGCUACCCAUAAACUUGCUUCCCUUUCUAGUUUCUGUCAAGCUCAUCAAAGAUCAUAUAAAAAAAUUUGACAACAAUCUGCCGCUGUUCUGUAACAAAAAUAAAAAUGUAACAAAAAGUUUGGCUAAUUCUUGCUUCACCGUGGGUGUACAUUUCAUCUAGUUGUUAGAAUUAUAUUUUUAUUACACUGAACCCAGAGAAUGUUACGAAAUUGUCCUACACAAAAGUUAUUUUCAUCCCCGCAAAAUGGAUGCUACUGCUACUACAUCGCCUCAAAUGCCUAUUAAAUUCAGUGAAGUGUGCAAUGUCUCAAUUGUAUCUAGAAACAAAAAUUUUUCACCGACGCCGGUGCGAAAGAACACUGUCGUCAAAUAUGCUAAAUUGCCGGAGUAUGAUUGUAACUCAAAAGCUGCAUGGCGCCAACCAGAGAACUAUGUGCUACCUGUAAAAUUACGUAAAAUUAUCGCUCUUGAAAACGAAGCUUUGACAUCCACUCAUGCUGAAAUUCAGGUGCCUGUGAAAUUUAUUACCACUAAACACACUAUGAGGAAAACAGUCACCAUUACAGAUCAAGAUGAUGCUCGGCAAAUUACAAGAUUGCAAAAGACCUCAUCAGCAAGGUAUUCCCAUGGAGCAGUUAAAAGUGAUAAUGUUAACGCAAACCCUAUAAGAACACCAACAAGCGGUAUAAUAAAAUCAAACAGGAAGGUAGAUAAAUCGAGUGUCAAAGUUGCCAGUUGUACCAAUAAUAAAUAUGUUUCUAAAAACGACAAGGGUAAACUUGUAAACAACAACUGCGACCAAAUUUCACAGAAUCCAAAAUUUCGAAACGUUCAUAGCAAGGAAAAACAAAAUAUACCUAAUAAUAGAAGUCAUAAUGGUCCGUCUAAGGUUAGUGUAAGCAAAAGUAUGAUACCACCAAGUGUAAAUGAACCAGAUUUGUGUCAUAUAAAGAGUAAAUUAACUCAGACUAUAUUUCGAUCUGAAAUGUCUUCAAAGAAAGCCCUUCUUAGACCUAAAGCUUCCACCAUCGCGCCAAAAUUAUGCAAAGUUGGUGAAAUUUUCAAAAAUAAUAAAGGGUUGAUCGAAAUACAUGUACCACUUGAUAAUACUGCUACGAAAACAAUGCCAAAUCAAACGCGAUUUCCGAAGGUCAAAAGCCAAACUUCUGUAGAGUCCAAUAAUGUUGAGCGCAAUGUCGGAACAGAAAGGAAUAUGUACAUUACUAAGGUAGUGCUAGUACAAAAAAAACAAGAUUCAAAUACCAAUGGAGCUCAGACAAUGGAGCCAGAAAUGUUGGAUGGUAAAUUUCAACAGUCUAAAGAAGACAUCAAUAAUUUGAAAAUAUCAUAUGAUUGCCUCAACACUCCAAAUAUUAAAUUGACGAAAGAUAGGAAAUGUACACUCAAAGAAAAUACAGUCUCUAUAGAUCAUAAACAGAGUUUGUCCACUGUGGUUUUACAGCCUUUCCAUGGCAUUCCUGUAAAGGGAGAUAAUUUUGAUGACGGGGGCAGCCAUAAAAAAUGUCCUGAAUUGAAAUGGAAUACGUUCACUUUGAAAUCGCAGCCUUUAAAAAAUAAAGAGGAUGUAAAUAAUGAAGAUACCAUCCGAAAGAGUCCCGAACAAAAUUUGAAACCGUUUACUUUGGAGUCCCAGCCUCUAAAAAAUCCUACCAAGAACGACAACGAUGGAAGCGAUGAUAGCCCUCAGAGUAGCCAUUCAUUGAUUGGUGGCGAAGAUAAACACCAAAUGCAUCCUUCAUUGAUACUAAGUCAACGCACCUUAACUUACACCACUAAACAAGAGAUUAACAUGGAUUUAGGCAGUAGAAUGAAUGAGACUAGUUCUUUAGGUCACUCCAUUUCUAAUCUGUCGCCUAGUCUACUAAAUUAUCCUUUGAAUGUCAUGGCAGUUUUUAAAACGGAGAAUAUUGACAAGCUAGGUCAAGUAUCAGCAGCUCAUACCAUGGAGAAAACUCAAGCGGCGAAAGAAAAAGCAGUCCAAAUUGAACACUUGAAUCAUCUUAAAGUAACUACAUCUGUUGGUUGUACCUCUCCCUACGUCAGCUGUAAAUUAAUUAAACCGUCUGAUAUCAUUAGCUCUAUAAGAGUCAAUACUGGUUUGUUACAAAACGAUUACAUUUGUAAACAGUUCGAAAGAGAACUCAAUUUUAUUGAUUCAUUUUUUGAAUCGUUACAGUACUUAGAAAAUUGUUCAUUAUCUGACAAAUGUUGCGCUGAUGGCAAAGUUGAGAACUGGGUCAAUAAUUCUGGGUUUGGUAACCCGGAAUACGAUUCGCUAUUUUCAAAGUUAGAAAAUGGCGCGACUACUGAUACUGAAACAAUGGCAUCCAAGAGUCUUUGUCUGCUCAAUUUACUCAUCCGCGAUGAACAAAGACGAGCCAAAAACCUCUUGUUUGUAUUGAAAAUGAGAGAAGAUGCUCUCAAAGAUUUUACUAAAUCUCAAAUUCUGUGGCUGGAGAAUAAGAAGAAAUUGGAGAACACGGAUAUAUCAACGUUAAAGAAAAAACAGCGCGGAGCUCUUCUAAAAUUACAGCACGAAUGCGGGGAAAUGCAACGAAUGCGAAAAGCGCUUCUCGCUCUAUCAGAGAAGCGCAAAGUAGCGCUUAUGAAGACAAAGAACAAUAUAGAAUUAAAGCUAAAGAGUAACGUCACCGUAGACCACAUACUAUUAGGAAAGAAAAAACUGAAAAGGAGCACCGUUACAGAUCGUAAUAUAGCUCCACUUAAGUGUUUCGACUUGUCAAGCAGCGGAUGCGACGACGUAACCCCGCCUCGAACUAGGUCGGACACCCAUUUGCUCUCCUUGGAAAGAGCAAAGAUUCCUGCUAACAUUGCCGAGAAAUGCGUCCAGACGGGGGACAGUCUUCUGGGAUCCUCUCUCGUUGACUCGGCAACAGACACUGCCGCUGAAAAUUUCGUAACUGUCGACGGCAGUUAUCUAAACAUACUUUUCCAAAACAUGUCCCUGCCACCAAUUUUCAGUGCUGGGAAACAAUAUGAGGUAAAUGAAGAAGCUUUAAAGAAUAUAUUAAACACUAAUUCUUAUACUAAAAAUGAGAACGAAAAUGAUGUCAUCGACACGUUCAUGGAUCAAAUAAAAAACAGGGAUCAAGACAGCGCCCCGAGCUCGCCAUCGACGGCGAGGAGUCUAGUCGAAGAGCUAGACCAAUAUUACAAAGGUCUAGCGAAUGAAGACAAAUUGCCUCUACUAGUACUUGAAGACAAUGUUUCCACUUUGGGUCUUCUCAAAGACCGUUCGAUUGUGGAAGCGAAAAAAAUGGAGAUUUGUUUGAAUCAAAAUGUCUCACAUUUAUCUCAGGAAGUCGGAACAUACGAUGUAGACAAAGAGGAUAAAGUGCCGGAGAACACUUUGAACAUUGUAGUGGAAAGUGAUAACAAACAGUUGUUAGACGUGGAAGAGACGUUGGCCUCAAGCAGCAUGCUGACCGGGCCGUUGCCGGUGCCCGCAGGAGCAUUUGCUCCAGACGAUGCGGUGCCGCCUGAUGGUACUUUUUAUAUGAAAAGUCCCACUGGAUCCGUUGCCACCGUAACAUCCCAAGAGAGUCAAAGCAGCGGUCAGACGAUGUCGCUGUCAUCUUUGACGUCACCUGUGCUCAACGAGGCAGAGGAGCUGCGUCGGCAGCAGCUCGCUAUCGAAAGAGAAAUUAAAGCUUUAGAGCAACAGCAAUGUCAGCUACUCGCCGUGCGGGAGAUCCCAGACAAACCUCCACCACCCUACACUCCGCCAGCCGAUGUGCGAACACCCAAAGCUUCGCGCGUGUUCCAAGUAGACGACACCAUUGAUGAUAAAGUGUACAAGCAAUUGUGUCAGAAACCCGAAGUUACCAUCGAGGCGGACGACAUAUUCGAUGUUUUUUUACAAGAUUAUUGCGAAGAAACAAUAAACAAACAGAAAUUAGAACAAAGCGAUAAGCCAUGGGAUGCAUAUAAUUUGCUACCACAGAAAUCACCCAUUGAAAGAGAGAAACUGGCUGCUAGUGCAACAACUGCAGUCAAAGAGCUUUUAUCAGGCCUUGGUACCACGGUUGUUUCAGGCGUGGGUGCGCGACGAUCUGAUCAUAUCGACGACAUUCUGUUCACGGAGUGGCGCCGCUGCGAAUCUGAGUGGACUGCGUUACACGUCGACGAGGCCGCCAUCAAGAACCAGAUCUUCGAGGGCAUCUUCCAGAGGAUUCUCACCGAAGUCAUCGACGAGUAUAAGAAAACCGUUCACAAAAUAAAUUGCACUGAUGAUGUCCAGUUAUAAUAUUUUAACACGAUUUGCAGUGAUGGUCCCUGGUCAAAUUCUGAUACUUUUACACAUACCUACGUUAUUUAGUCUUUUAAUCAUUGGUAGAUUGUUGUGCAUGUAAAAAAUACGACAAAUAGGUAAAAUGUUCAAGUAUUAAAUUAUUUAUUUAGAAAUAAAAAUAAUCGUUAAAAUAUCACAUAGUUCUUA